AUGGCACACGAGUUUGACUAUUUUGCCGAUGUUUUGCGCGCCACCCGGUUGAUUGUGUUUAUGGGUACGCCACAUAGAGGAAGUCAGGUUGCGGCAGCGUCGGCUCCCCUGGCAACAUUUACCAAUUUGUGGUUGGGUCUCUCCUUCACCUCGAAUUUUACUGCUUUGAUGAGGCUCGAUCUGAUCAGCAUGUUGUCGCGAGAUUCGGCAAAGCUCGAUGAGGUCAACCAAUCAUUCAAACGAAGAGCCGCUGCCAUGACCAUUAUUUCGUGCUACGAAAGAGUGAUACCUCCUGGUUGUUCUAAACUGGAGGUCGUUGAAAAACAAUCUGCCAUUCUUCGACUACCGGAGGAAAUCGAGAUCUCUAUCCAAGCCGAUCACAUGACCAUGUGCCGCUUCUCGUCAAGGAAUGAUUCUGGUUACGAACCACUGGCGCGAGCCAUAGUCUAUGCUGUGAAGCAGAUGAUGCUAGACACCUCGUAUCAUUGGCAAAUCCUGUCGGUCAAGAAAGACGUGGUCCGUCAGAUCAAGGUGGCUUACAGCUCGGGAAGACAUGAAUAUGUGCCAUCCUUCGAGACUCUCUGGCACGUAUUCGAAAUGACUGUGCGAGUCAUCUCGUGCGCUCGUCUGUACAUUGUCAUUGAUGCCUUGGAUGAAUGUGAGGAGAAGUCACGAUUACUGUUCCUAGCUAAGUUAAUCAAUAUGAUACAACCCAGGAGCCUGGAUGGCGGCGAGACGUGGUGCAAAAGAAUCAAGCUCAUCAUCAGCGGACAGCCCCUCGUCAGCCGAGCUUGGAAAAUUGGGCAUGAAAGCCUCCCCCGUUUCUACAUUGAUAUGGAGAAGCGUCCCGAGAGUUCGGUGGAGGACCUUCAACGGUUCGUCGACUACAAAGUGGAAGAUCUGAACUCGUUUCUCUGGCUGAGCGUCGUGCUGGAGGACGUUAAGCAGGACUUGCUUGAACUACCGCGAUGCCGAUGUACAAAGGGUAUCUUAAAGGAUUCGUACACGAAGCAUCUUCCACUGAUAUCGGAAAGCCAAUUGCCACGAUUGAGGUGUUAUCUGCAACUGCUGGUAGCAUGUGCGAGACCGUUGACGCCAUCUGAAGUCGACGUCUUCGCGACACUGCACCAUCAGCAGUCGACCGCGUCUAUUUCUCCCAUCGAUGGGGCAUUGGUGCAGAAUAGCCUUCAUCGCGUUCUAGGGCCUCUGAUCAAGUUUCCCGAUGGAAAGGUCCAAUUCAUCCACUCGACGGUAAAGGGAUAUCUCUUGGCCCUCCAAUCUGAACCCGACCGUCUUCACAAGACUCACGGUGUGGAUCUCGACACGGCGCAUUCGCUUCUGGCGAAAGCUUGCAUCGAAACCCUUCUGCAAGAGGCGGAUGGCCCCGAUGCACCCGACGAAGAGAGACUUUCACCAGAGAUGUCCCCGUCCAGUCCCACCUCUGCCUGUUCUUCGAGAGGCCAAGCCGACCACGACCAGGACGCACCUUGGACGGAACUGUUCAGCAUUGAGGAUAUCGCCUUCCUGCGAGAUGAAAACACCAUCUCAGACGACGUCUUGUCACAUCUCAGCGGUCGCUACCCGAGUUACGAUUAUGCCACGCGGUACUGGGAUUAUCAUGACACCAAGGCCGACUACCUCGCUGAUGCUUCUACACAACAAGAUGCAAUCAAGCUGCUGUCCUGCGGGUCACCGCGACUCUCUAGAUGGUACAAGUACAAAGCCAACCAUUCACCUACUGCGAUGCCUGGUCAAUCUGAAGUUGACGCUCUGGUCCUCGCGGCACUGUUCAAUUUCCUAACAAUCUUACAGACGCUCUUAUCGACCCGUGGACCUCCAAGGCAAGGCAACAAGCUUCAAUCUGCACUAUAUUGGGCGUCGUCCCGCGGUCAUGUCCAGUCCAUCAACGUCUUACUCGAGUACAAGGCACCUCUUCUCGACGCAGAUCGUGAUAGAUCAGCGUUGGCUAUCGCCAUUCAAAGCGGACACGCUGAGGCCUGCGAAGUGUUACUCGGCACGGACGAUGCUGAUCCCAAUCAUUCCGGUCUGAGAACUCUACCACCCCUUGCCCUCGCAGCGGCCCAUAGCCAUGUCGAAAUAUUGGUCAGGCUGCUUCAGCAUGCAUCCAUUGACGUGAAUCAGACCGAUGCGUCAGGACACACGGCCCUCAUCCAAGCGUGCUGUUACGGCUCCGACCAAUGUCUGAAAGAACUAUUGCGAGACGACCGCACCAACAUCAACUCGCGUGAUAGAGACGGCCGCAGCGCCCUGAUCCACGCUUCCAUGUCAAGCAAUGUAUUCGCGGUGGCAAGGUUGCUGAGGAAGUCGUUAUUAGAUAUGCAUGUGUGCGACAAGUACGGCCGAAAUGCCAUGUCAUAUGCGGCCGAGAAAGCCACACUCCUCAUCGUAAGGCGCUUGUUCCACGCCUCCGGAGCGACAAAGGACCCCGACCAUCACGGACAGUGUGUCCUUGUAUACCUCGUCAAGAAAUACCCUACAGGCGCCAACUCCCAGGACAAAGACGGUUGGCCGCCUCUAGCCUGGGCCAUGGACCGACCUGGGUAUCUCGAAGCUAUCCGAAUCCUUGUCGAAAAGGGCAAAGCGGACGUCAAUCAGAGAAGUCGAGCCGGCGGUCGUUCCUUGCUGGAUUGGGCGGCCACUGAGGGGUUUACGCAGAUUGUCGAGUACCUGUUGAGUCUGCCGCACUUGGACAAGAAUGCGACAAGCGCCGAAGGCCGAUCGCCGUUGUCAUACGCCGCGGCAAACGGCAACGUGCGUAGCGUAGGACUGCUUUUGGGCGAGAGCGAGGUCAGGGCGGAUUUGCGGGAUUCGAAAGGGAGGACCGCCAUGGAUUGGGCACGGAUGAAUCAUCAGGACGCAAUUGUUUCCGUACUAUCUGAACACGGUUUGGAGUAG